AUGGAUGAAGACGAUGACUUGGCUUUUCCAGAAUUCGAUCACUACGAGGAUGAUGAUGAUAUUCCCCCGCUCCCGGCUCCAGUGAAUUUUAACUUUGAAGCGGAAGAUUGGGAUGCGCCCGUAGAAUCAAGAGGAUCGAAUACAGAAAAUAGAGGCCCUGUCAACGUUAAGCAAGAAAAACCGCGUCAGACGAUAGGAAAAGCAGCCCAGCCAACUAGAAAGAGGAAAAGCAUUGCGAAACUAGAUGUAAAUAGACUUUUAUCCGAGAAAGGCCUGUCCAAACUGCGCGAAGAUGCCAAGAGAUUGAAGUUUCAAGGAAUUGAACACGAAAAUGCGGAUUUGAAGACCGUGAUGAACUUUUAUCGCGCCUGGAUCCAUGACCUGUUUCCAAAAAUGCAAUUCAGAGACGCUAUCCUGAGAGUCGAGAAAAUUUGUCGCGAGAGGCGAUGUGGGAUCACACUUAAUGCUUGGAGAGAAGGGGGGAAUAAUGACGAAGGAUAUAGGGGGAAUAAUGAUGAAGGAGAUAGGGGGAAUAGUGACGAAGGAGAUAGGGGGAAUAAUGACGGAGAUAUGGAGAAUUAG